GGUUGUCGAAGGUCAGAGGUCCCUGUGAGCAUGACAAAACAGGUUUCAUGAUUUCUCUCAACAUGUCAUAUGUCAACAUGGCAUAUGUUAUGCUUAUACUCGCUGACUGUGAAAAUGGGCGAACCCCUUGUGCAGUUUUGAAGCUCAAAGGUUGUGGCUACAGGCGCUGCCAUCUUGGCUAAGCCCGAUUCCUCCUAACUCUCGUCUAAUUUAAAAAUCAAGUAGGUUUAUAGUUGCUUGUCAUUUCUACUCUGGAUGUACAGAUGCUGUGAUGCUAUGCUGUAGCAUAAUGGUGUACUUUCCCAGAAAUGUAACUACUGCAACAACUGUGAUUGUUGAAAUGAAUCUCCUUGUUCACAUGUCUCAGUGGCCAGACAUGCGGAGAAAAUUCCUUUCUCCUUCCUCUCUUUUUUAGUCUCGUACGUAAUGUGUCACUACUUAUGGUGCACAUAAGAUGCGUAAAGAGAACUCUGAUCUGAUCUCAGUCAGAGUAACACGUUUAUAUACAUUCUGUUUUUUCACAUGAAUGUCUACUCCUAUUUCUUCUCCAUGUCAGGUGCUUCAGCGAUUUCAGCGAAAAUAACUGUUUAUCCACAUUUAUUAACUCUCUGUAUGAGUAACUCAACUUCCAGUCGUCAUUAUGUGAAGCAAACAGAGAAACUCAAGAGGCUGCCACUUCACUGGAACAAAAUUUCAUGCAGUGCAGCAAUGAGCUGAAGAUGAGCUGAUCAACAAUCAGCUUCACAUUGACAUUUAAAAAUACUCUUCUAAUUGGUUGGCACAGGCAUUAAUUCUAAUUAUUUAUAAAUUAUAUAAGUAAAUGAAAUGUAAAAGAUACAUGUUGAUUCAGAUUCAGACAGCUUUAUUAAUCCAACCAGGGGCAAUUGGUUUGGACAGCUUGCAUACUAUUAUACUAUGUUAUACAAGGAACAGGAACAGGAAAGGAACAAAUAAAAAUAGAUAAUAAAGCAGAAUGGAGCAAGUAAAAUUCCAAGGAACACAAUGUUAUCAGUGUUUUAUAAGUAGAAUAAAGAGAUAAGUAAGGGAAGUUCCCAUUUGACCAGUAAAAAUAAAAAACAGACAUAAAAGAAAAAAAAGAAAAAUCAUUUUGUAGUUUGCAGUUUAAUAAACUUCCAUGCAUGUUUCUGUUUAGGUUAAUUAAAUUGACUUGGAAAUGCAAUUUUAUACAAGUGCAGAGUUAAGUAGAAAACCAAAAAAAAAAAAAAAAGUAGAAAACCAGGAUGUUAUACAAAAAAACUUUGGAGUUGCAGUAUUCUUCAAGAGCUUUUAUAUGUCUGAUUAUUUCUUUGUUUUUACCACAGGGAGAACACCGGGCCCAUCAGAUCCCUGGAGGACACAGUGUUUUGACAUGAAAGAGGGAAAAGGAUGACCUCAUGCACUGUGUAGACAUGAGAGGACCAGGAAGGGUGUGAAGAUGUCCCAGAAGGCAACUAAAACAUGGUGCCUCAGGCUUAUCCCACUUCUCCUCUUCUUCAUCUCCUUUGUCACGUACUACUGUUCCUAUGCCAUACUUCAGAGUUACGGAGGCACCAGCAAGUCUCCCAACAGUAGCAAGUCGCUGUGUGGCGGCUGGCUAACCCAGAAGAAGUGGGAGAGCCUUAACUUCAACAUUAGCAGACAGACGCAGCUCUUUCUCCAACUGGAGGAUUUCUUUUGGCGGGAGCAUCUGUCAAAGCUGGCAUUACCUUAUGGCAUUAAGGGCAGUGAGCUGCUGCUACUGAAAGUUCUCGCUGUGACAGCAAAUUAUCAGGUUCCUGCCAACAUCAAAAACCUUGAAUGCAGAACCUGUGUAGUAAUAGGCAACGGCUUCGCCAUUAAAAACAGCUCCCUGGGAAGCAUCAUCAACAAGUACGACGUGGUCAUUCGGUUGAAUGACGCACCAGUGAGAGGCUAUGAGGAGGAUGUGGGAAACAAGACCACCAUGAGAUUCUUCUACCCUGAGUCAGCCUCCUACAACCCUGCACUGCACAAUGAGCCCAGCACUCUUAUGGUCCUGGUGCCUUUCAAGCAGCAAGAUCUACGGUGGCUCAAAGAGAUCCUCUAUAAUGAGAAGAGGGUCAGGAAAGGCUUUUGGAAGCCCCCUCCACAGAUCUGGUUGGGUGACUUCAGUAAAAUCAGAGUGCUGGACCCCCACUUUUUGCACCACACUGCAGAGAGACUCCUGCAGAUCCCUCUGCACCCCAAGAGUAAACAGAAUCCAGUGCAUCCUACCACGGGCACCCUGGCUAUCUUUGUUGCUCUCAACUACUGUGAUGUGGUCCACGUUGCUGGAUUUGGAUACCCUAGCAUAAAGAGCCACAGGCAGCCUAUACAUUACUAUGGUUACGACACCAUGAGGUCUAUGAAGAAUUCUUACCACGACCUCAAUCACGAGGCAGAAGCCUUAAAGAGACUGGAGGAAUCGGGGGCCAUUUUUUACCUGCACCCGCACUCAUGAUGCUUUUCGAGUUCAGUUUCAUCCCAAAAAGUAACUGAAUGCCAAAUGUUUUUUUUAAUUUGGUUUUGGUUUUGAUCACGAGACCAAAAUCAGAGAUUAAUGUGCCUUCUGUGGUGGGAUAUGGGACAGUUUGCUGGUUUAUUAAUUCAUGACUUGAUGACACGACAGUCGCACUCACAGCACUGUUGAACUUUUACCUCCCUGGCACUUUAUAUUCUGUAAAACAGAAAAAAAAAAUGAACAGCGACUCUCAACAGGCUGUGCUUUGCUAGUGUAGCCUUUGGUGUAUUUGCUGGGAAUUUUGCAAAAUUUUCUGUACUUUUGCAGCUUUUGAACUUUUAGAACUUCACGGGAGACGAACUAUGAAUGUGCUGACACAGUGGUCUCUUUGUGAGAAAAUCCAGCAAACAAGUUACAUCUGAUUGCGUUCGAUCUCGGAUAAUUCCUGGCUUUGAUUGUAUUCCAUUUUUUACGUCCUUGUGAUAGCGUGGGCUUAUUGCUCCCGCACUGUAGAAAUCAAACAUUUCAAAUUACAGAAAUUUCAGAGCCACGGAUUUCAUGUAUAUCAAUGAGACUGAAAAUGAAUAAGCCUACUUUAAUUCUCUAUAAAGUACACUCACCAGGGUUUGAGAUUCAUUUUCCAUUUGCACACAAUGUAUUCUUCUCAACUCUGUUUUACACUACAGAGUGUGUGACUUUAUGGGGAUUCACUUUCAAUAUACAUUUAAGUUUAAAAGUAAGAAGAAUGUAUUGUUCGCAAACUUAAAAAAAUGGUAACUUUAGAUAUCUUGGACUGGAAAUACAUCCUGUAUUUUGCUCGUUUAAUUUAUUGAAUUGUUUGUGGGUUUUUUUAGAUACAAAUGAUACCACUGGAUAUUUUGUGAUGUACAGAAUGAAAUACAUUUUUUUCUUUAAUUAAAAUGUGACCAAAAAGGACUUCAAAA